CAAGUAACGUGAGUAAUAUUAACCAGAACGCGACGUUUUACAUCAUAUAGUGCACAAUCCAGCCAAAAAAUAAUACAAGAUGUCAAAAGACGAGAAAGAAUGCGUUAUUCCUGACGUGAUAUACGAUGUAAACUCAGGAAAAAGUUAUAUCAAGGGACGAUUUUUUGGAAAAGGUGGUUUUGCAAAAUGUUAUGAAAUUAGAGAAUCAAAGUCACAUCGUGUAUUUGCUGGAAAAAUUGUGCCAAAGUCACAAAUUACAAAGAGCAAUCAAAGAGAGAAAAUGACACAAGAGAUUUCCAUUCAUCAAACUUUGAACCAUAAAAAUAUUGUAGGCUUUUAUGGUUUUUUUGAUGAUCCACAAAAUGUAUAUAUAAUUUUAGAGCUAUGCAGAAAAAGGUCAAUGAUGGAAUUACAUAAACGUAGAAAAGCACUAACGGAAUGCGAAACCAGAUAUUAUAUGAAGCAAAUUUUGGAUGGUGUCAAUUAUUUACACCAAAAUAAAAUAAUUCAUAGGGAUCUUAAAUUAGGUAACUUAUUUUUGAGUGAUGAUCUACAGGUUAAAAUUGGUGAUUUUGGUUUAGCCACCAGAUUAGAACAUGAAGGAGAACGUAAAAAAACUGUAUGUGGUACACCUAAUUAUAUUGCACCAGAAAUUUUAACUAAAGCUGGACAUUCUUAUGAAGUUGAUAUAUGGAGUAUUGGAUGCAUUAUGUACACUUUGCUUGUAGGAAAACCUCCAUUUGAAACAUCAAGUUUAAAAGAAACCUAUGCUAGAAUAAAACAAGUCCAAUAUAAAAUUCCUACACAUAUCAAUACAAUUGCAAUGAAUAUGAUAUCUAAUAUGUUACAAGGAAAUCCAUCUAAACGUCCUUCCAUAACAAAAUUAAUGAAAGAUCCAUUUUUUACUUGUGGAUUUAUGCCACUUAGCUUACCAUUAUCAUGUUUAACAAUGGCACCUCGCCUAGAUAUGUUAGAAAUGCAUAAUCAACGUAAACCAUUAUCUGAAAUGAAUACUAAUGUAGGAGGAGAAGGACAAGAUUUUGUAUUCCGCGUACCUAAUAGUCCGGUGCGUAAGACAAAACCCACCGAUGCAAUUAGUGAAGUUCAAAAACUGAAUCUUGAUAUUAGAAAAAUGCUUCAAACAUUGAGAGAACAGCUGAGUGCUGUAUUAAAGGCUAAACCAAGUAGAGAAACAACUUCAUCAGCAGAUGAAAUGACUGAUCCAGCUGCACAACCUGUUGUAUGGAUAAGCAAAUGGGUUGACUACUCGGAUAAAUAUGGAUUCGGAUAUCAACUUUCUGACGAUGGUGUGGGUGUAAUGUUCAAUGAUGGUACCCGUUUAAUAAUGCUAGCCAACUGUUUCAAUAUUCAUUAUAUAAAUCGAGAAGGAAAUGAAUUAUAUUACACAGUCAAAGAAUAUCCAUCUGAAUUAGAGAAGAAAAUGAGGCUGAUGAAUUUUUUCCUAAAAUAUAUGAAAGAACAUUUAAUGAAGGCCGGAUGUUCUUUUGCUGUAAAACCAUGUGAUGCUAUGUCUAGGAUACCAUACAUGCAUCAAUGGUUUAGAACACAAAGUGCUGUAGUUAUGCAAUUGACUAAUGGAACAGUACAAAUAAAUUUCCUUGAUCAUACAAAGAUUAUUAUGUGUCCGCUAAUGGCGGCUGUUACAUAUAUAGACACAGAGAAGAAUUUCCGAACUUAUAGAUUCCAAACUAUACAAGAGAAUGGAUGUUGUAAAGGUUUAGCUAAAAAUUUGGCAUACGCUCACGAAAAACUUGUAUUAAUGUUAUCGAACCCUCAAACUCGAUAAUUAUGGCUUGAGAUCAAAUGUUUUAAGAAGAGAACAAUUCUGAUACCAGUAUAUUUUAGAAGUAUUAUGCUUUUUUUUUUUUUUUUUUUUUUUUUUUUUUUUUUUUUUUUUUUUUUUUUUUUUUUUUAGUAAAAAUAAUGCCUUUAUAUUUGGCAAAUAACAAAUACAACUAAUUAGUUAUUUUAUUUUUAUUUUAUUUUAUAGAAAUAUAUCGAAUUUUUGCUAGAUGUUUAUAUUGCAACAUCCAAAUGAAACAUCUUACAAAUCAUGCAAACAGUUUAAUUAUUUCGGAGGUAUUUUCACGUUCUCAAAGGGACCCUUCGUAAUUUUUUUAUCAGUAUAGACAAAUUAUGGUUUUAGUCCUUUUUGUAAUAAUUCGUAUUUUGACAAUUUUAUGACUGAACGCAUUUAAAUUUGAGUAUUUUGCCAUGAUAUUCGUUACUCCAUAUAAAUAUCAAAAAUAAUCAUAAAAUAUGAACAGUAAUUAAUUAACAUUGCUUUAAUGGAGUAGUGCAAUUGAACACUUGUUUAUUUAUAUAUCUAAUAUACAAGGAAAAAUAAGGACUAAUCUUUAAUAUUAUUCUAAGAUGAAUGCAUUCCAAGAAAAAAUUUUUCUCAUCUGAUUUUCAUUUGACCAAUGUUAGGUCUGCUAAUGUGUGUAAAGUAUGCGUGUGCGUAUUAUGCACCAUUAAAACAUAGUAAAAUUUCUAAUUCUCUUGAUUUUACAAGAGGAGAUCAGAAUUGUUUCGUAAUUGUAAAAUUAUUGUACGACAUCUAAAAGGUCGUGAAAUGAAAUGCUAAAUAGAAUAAGUGAAAACCUAACAAAAUGACAAUAUUUAUAUAAGGCCUAAAUUCUUACUCUACAAAAUAUUUAAAAAAAAAUAAUAAAUAUAUACAAAUGUGUACAUAGAUACAAACAUUUCAUGGCAUUAAGAUAAUACAUAUCGUAUCAGCAUUUAUUGCAUUAAAUAUUAAGAAAUUGUAAUCAUAGCAUUAUUUUUGUAAGUAGCCUAUGACAUUGUUUUGAAAA